AUGGGUGAAGCUGUAUGGGCGAAGAUAAAAUACAACCCUUAUUGGCCAGGCCGUAUUGUGGAUCCUCCGACCCACAUCAAGAAACCACCACGAAAAUUUUGUGUUUAUUUCUUUGGCACAAACAACUUUGGGUUUGUUGAGUUAGAAAACACUCACAGCUACUGGGAAUACAAAGAGAAAUAUGUAAAAAGGGGACGCGGUCAUAUGUUCAAAGAAGCAGUGCGUCAAUGCGAAGAAUUUAUAAAAGAUCCUUCGACUUUAAAUCUACCAAAUGACGAAAUCAAAGUGGCACAAGAAUUUGAAUUUAACAUUAAGAAAGAGCCAGCUGCUGAUGAAGUUUGGUAUUCAAAUCAAAUAAUCAAAAGUUGCACUGAAUGCGAGGCAAAAAAUCAACUCCUGAAAGAUGCUGAAAAAGAGAGAAAACAGAUGGAAACGCAAUACCAAAAAGACAAACAGAUACUUCAAAAUGAAAUCGACUGCCUGAAAGCGGAACGUGAUAAAUUGGUGUCUAAAUUGGAAAGUUAUGGCGAUGACGAUAAAAAUGUGUUUGAAGUCGAAAGUUUACAUGCACAUAAAACAUCGCGAGGAAAACAAAUGUUUCUUGUUCGAUGGAAAAAUUUUGAUUGCACUCAUGAUUCUUGGGUGCGUAAAGAAGAUUUGAAUUGCCCAACGAUUUUAAAGAAUUAUAUGAAAACAAAUAAGUUAAUGUAG